AUGCUUACUACAUUAAGGAGGAUAUGGGAGGUGCAAGCAAACCAGGCCUUGUGGGUGAUAAGGAAGAUCAUAAAAGCUAAAGAGACCUUUGGAGAAGCAGGCUAUCAAGAAGAUGAUGUGCUUCAGUUAACUACGCUAUCUGUUAAGGAGAUUUACUGCAAACUCAGAGGAGAUUACCCAAGAGUUGAAUGGUGGAGAUUGAUAUGGAACAAUCAUAGUCCUCCUAGGUGGAAUUUUAUUUUGUUUCUAGGCAUCCACAAGAGGCUAUUUACCAAGACUAGAUUGGCACAAUGGUGCCACAUUGAUGAUUUGAGUUGCCCUCUGUGUAAUGCAGCAGAUGAGUCCAUUGAUCAUCUAUUUUUUCAAUGCCAAUAUUCUGCAAAUGUCUGGUCUAAAUUAUUGAAAUGGCAAGGAGUCACGAAGGUGCCGACAUUGUGGCAAGUUGCGAUUACAUGGGCUGCUAGGCAUAUGCAGGGGAAGUCUACUGGUAUGAUGCUAUUCAGAAUGACUCUAGCAGCCUGCCUUUAUUGUGUUUGGAAUGAAAGGAAUUUGAGAUUGUUUCAACAGAGAUCUAGACCUGCGGAUAUGCUAGUAGACAAGUGA